AUGACAUGCCGAGCGUGCUGCCCCGCUCCCCCGGCAAGGUGCCGGCAGCCGGGUGGCGGCACCCUUGUUCUCCCGGCGGCUUCCCACUUCGUGCCAGGGAUUCGCUGCCACCAGUACCCAAAAAGCCCUCCUCGCCUCACCUUUGCCCACGCCGCCAAACACGCCUGCAGGCUUGCUUCCACUGAGGCACGCCGCCUCCAGGUCUGUCCACCUUUCCUCCACUGGACUGGCGUGCGGACUCGGAAGAUUUCUUCAUGUUUCGCUUGCAAAGCAACUGGUUUGCACAACUUGCUAAACAAUGACACUAUUCAGGAUGAAUUUGAUUCUGAGAGAUCGGCGUCUCCUUUCUCGGUUGCUGGAUUUUUCAGCAGGAUGUCAUUCUGGUGGAUGAAUCCCUUGAUGAAGAAGGGUUACAGAAAGCCUCUUGAAGAGAAAGACAUACCUGCGUUGGAUGUUGCAGAUCAAGCAGGCACUCAGUACUCAAUGUUUGUGGACAAAAUCAAUGCUAAGCAAUCAUCUCUUUUCUGGGUAAUUGUUUCAUGCUACAAAAGGGACAUUCUGUUUUCUGGGUUCUUCGCAUUGCUCAAGGUACUCACUCUAUCUUCUGGUCCGUUGCUCGUAAAGGAAUUUAUCAAUGUAUCCUCAGGAAAAGAAGCUUUCAAGCAUGAAGGUGUUGUUAUAGCACUUGGACUUCUUCUGUCUAAAUGCUUGGAGUCAUUAGCCCAGAGACAGUGGUAUUUUCAAACACGGAGGGUGGGAAUCCAAGUGCGGUCACUCUUGUCAGCUUCUAUUUACCGAAAGCAACAGAAAUUAUCAUGCUUUGCCAGUAUAAAACAUUCUUCUGGAGAGAUAAUGAACUAUCUCAUAGUAGAUGCGUACAGGGUUGGGGAGUUUCCUUUCUGGUUCCAUCGGACAUGGACUACCGGCUUCCAACUUGGCAUUGCCUUGGCAGUACUAUACGAUGCAGUUGGUCCUGCAACAAUAGCAUCUGUUCUUGUUAUAAUGCUUACUGUUCUACUGAAUGCCCCUCUGGCCAGGCAACAGCAAGAUUUCCAGAAGAAACUCAUGGAAGCUCAAGACAUGAGGUUGAAAGCUAUGUCUGAGUCUCUUGUGAACAUGAAGGUCCUGAAGCUUUAUGCAUGGGAGGCCCACUUCAAGAGUGUUAUAGAACAUCUUAGGGAGUUGGAGCUAAAAUGGUUGUCAGCAUUCCAACUAGGAAAAGCAUAUACUAGUGUUGUCUUCUGGGCAUCACCUGCACUUGUUUCAGCGGCAACAUUUAUCGCAUGCUAUUUUCUGGGAGUCCCACUUAAUCCUAGCAAUGUAUUCACCUUUGUAGCUGCACUGCGCCUUGUUCAGGACCCUAUCAAUCAUAUUCCAAACGUUAUUGGCUCUGUAAUUCAAGCAAGGGUUGCAUUCUCUCGGAUAAGCAGUUUUCUUGGUGAAUCUGAGCUGCCAAAGGAUCAAAUUUCGAUGGAGCAUUGUGUGUGUAGUCAGUAUCCUAUAGUAUUCAAAUCUGGCUGUUUCUCAUGGGACAGCUCAGGAAAUCCAAAUCCGAGGAAUAUUAAUUUGGAGGUGAAAGCAGGAACGAAGGUAGCAAUCUGUGGCGAGGUUGGCUCAGGAAAAUCCACUCUUUUGGCAGCUAUUCUGGGAGAGGUCCCAAGGACAGAAGGAAUGAGUCAUGUUUGUGGGAAAAUAGCAUAUGUUUCUCAGGAUGCAUGGAUUCAAACAGGAACUUUGCAGAACAUACUUUUUGGGUCUAACAUGGACAAGCAAAGAUAUGAAGAGACUCUCCGGCGGUGUUCUUUGGUGUAUGACCUUGAAAGCUUGCCUUUUGGUGACCGUACUCAAAUUGGGGAAAGAGGAGUUAAUCUUAGUGGAGGACAGAAGCAACGUGUCCAAUUAGCUCGCGCAUUGUAUCAUGAUGCAGAUAUAUAUAUCUUUUGGAUGAUCCUUUCAGCUGCGUUGAUGCACAUACUGCUUCAAGUCUUUUAA